AUGUCUUCGGAAACUGAAAGUUCAGAUGGCGAGAACUUCGACGGAUUUGAUCCCGAAGAAGGUCAAGACGCGGAAAAUAACUUCUUGGCGAUGUUGAGACACCAAGGCAUUGGGGAUGAUGCUGUUAGCGAUGUUAGCGAGGUGGAAACAGAUGUGGAUGAUGCAGAAGUAGAGCUUGGUCCCGGCGGAGCGGCAGACGAUCAAGACGAAUGGCACGCCGGCUUUGACUAUUUUGAGAGAGGACUGCCACACAUUUUUACACCAAGGAGAAACACAGGACCCACAAGGUCCAUGCCACCAGAUAAGGAGCCAAUAGAUUUCCUGGCAUUGUUUUUAGAUCAGGUUUUGAUUGAUCUACUGUUAGAGGUGACCGGACGGUAUGCCCAACAGCAGAUUGACACAAAUCCGGAACAGAACAAACAACCCUGGAAGGAUGUUAGUGCUGCUGAAAUGAAAGCUUUCCUGGGUCUUUGUAUGGCAAUGGGUGUGACAAGGAAACCUUCAGUAAAACUUUAUUGGUCAACUGCUUCAUACUCAGAAACACCCCUCUUUGCUAGGACCAUGACGAGGGAUCGGUUUAGCCAGAUUCUCAGGUACUUACACUUUGCUGACAAUGACUUAGAACAGGAGCGGAAUAGCCCAACCUAUGAUCCCCUGUUUAAGAUCAGGACACUGGUUUCUCACCUGAACGAGAACUUUGUACAGGAAUAUGUUCUACGCAGGCGUGUGACAGUUGAUGAGUGUAUGGUUCCGUUUAAAGGAAAAGUACACUUCAAACAGUACAUGAGGCUCAAACCCCAAAAAUGGGGUGUGAAAGUGUGGGUGUUGGCCGAGUCAGACUGUAGCUAUGUCAGCUAUAUUGAUAUUUAUCCAG